AUGUCAAAGUAUGCAGCCGUUCUGUUCGUCCUGUUGAUGGCCGGAAGUCAAUGUGGAUCGCUGGCAGGAGAUCCUGAAAGUCAAUCUGAGGUUCUGGGUACGCAGAGUCCAUGGGACACCCUAUCAACCUUGCUGGAAAAACUACCCACAAAGAAGGUAGAACCCCCAAGGUUUGAGCUGAUCGGGUCGAGGUAUUUCUACAUCGAACAAAAUGUCAAACAAAAUUGGACCACCGCUGCCAGUAGUUGUCGCCAAAUGGGUGGAUAUCUGGCCGCAAUUAAGGACGAAGAGGAGGCUCAGGCCAUCAUUGCGAAACUCACUCCAUGGGAUUACUACUACAUGGGCAUCAACGAUCACGAAAAAAAGAGGAGCUUUGUGUCUCUGGCUUCUGGUAAACCCGCCUAUCUGAAGUGGAGUGAGGAUGAACCCGACUACGUUUUUCAUGACCAAAACUGCGUUGCAAUCUUUAAUUAUGAAAAACAAGACGAAGGCCUAAUGCUGACGCCGUGCUCCAACAAAAAACACUUUAUUUGCCAGGCAGAUAACGAAAUUUAA